CUGUGUAUGGCAUGGUGACAGCGUCGCGCGACUGUGUCUGUGUAUAGUCGCCGUUCGCGCGAGGUUUUCACCGAUUCUGGUUAGAGAAUUAAUCGUCGUACGAUUUUGUUCUCACGCGUGCCGCGGAUGCGAGUAAGGUGCGCGUCACGCGUUAUCUCUCUCAGGUCGAGAGUGUGCGGAAAAUGGCACAGAACACCGACGAUAUCAACCUGACGCCGCUGGAAUUGCAGACACUGUCAGAACUAGACAGUCGUCAAUUUGGUUUUCUCAAACUGAAUUCUCCGGAGCAAACCAAAAAGAAGGCUCUGGUAGUUCGUGCUAUCAAAUACCUGGAGCGUAUGCUGAUUCAAGCUCAGACUGAAAAACAACGUCUAAAAGCAGAUAGCAUAAAAGAGAGUCCUGAAAAAUCUAAGGAGAACAAGGAUGAAGAUAAUGGAAUAAGCAUUGAUCCAAAAACAUAUUGCAAGCUGGGCCAUUUUCAUCUGCUUUUAGAAGAUUACAACAAAGCAAUGUCUGCAUAUCAGAAAUUUUUUUCCUUAAAAAGUGAUUAUUAUUGGAAAGAUGCUUCAUUCCUGUAUGGCCUAGGUCUUGUCUACUUCCACUUUAAUGCCUUUGCGUGGUGAGUAUACACAAUAAAUAAAUAACCUUAUAAAAAAUAGAUAUUAGAUUUUAAACUAAAUUUCUUUUUUUAACUCUCUGUGGAAAUUGUGCCAAAAACACUACAUGGUAUUAUGAUAUAUUUCUGAGAGUUAAUAAAUUAUAUUUAAAAAAAUAUGGAA